AUGCGUCACUUCGAUAUCGGGGUAGUAUAUGAGCGACAAGAUAAGACGGGGUUAGGGGAUGAAAUCCAGGAUCCUGCCCACGAGUUCGAUGGUCAUAAUGAGGUGCCUGCUCGACCUAGCUCGGUCGCACACCAACUUCACGGUCGGAAUGCAAGCUCCGUUGAAAUGAAGGAGGCUUUUGAUAGCGUGGUAUUCGACUAUCAACUGGCCACCGAAUAG